AUGUUUAAACUAUCUAAAUUGUUUUAUUCAUUCAAACAUUCAAGUAGAUCAAACAUUUAACAUAAUUUAUCAUCUUUCAAAAAGAAAAGAAGAUAAGAAUUACUUUACAAUAUUGGUUUAUAUGGUGCAGCAUUUGGAUGUGCUUUUGGUGCUGUCCCAUUUUAUAGAUUAUGGUGUGAGCAUUUUGGACUUGAAGGAGAUCUAGAUAAAAAAGAUUAUUCAAUGAAAGGCAAAAAAUGUAAUUCCUACCCUCAUUUCUAGUGGAUGUUUUUAGAAAAUAUCAUAUUGAAUUUGGAGCAGAAACAGAUCCAGAAGCCAAUUGGGAAUUUCUACCUGUCCAAUAAAAUGUUACUGUUCAUGCUGGAGAAACUGCGUUAGUCUUUUAUAGAGCUUAUAAUAGAAAUGAUAAUGCAGUAGUAGGUUUUUUUAUUAUAUAAUUAUUUAAGGUUUUGCUACUUACUAAAUAUUUCCUGAAGAUGCUGGACUCUAUUUUGCUAAAAUUCAAUGUUUCUGUUUCAAUUAACAAUUACUCAAUCCAAAAGAAGAACUUCAAUUACCUAUCUAUUUUUACUUUGAACCUGAAAUUAAUGAAGACCCUCUUCUCAAAAAAUGUGAAAAUGUAUAUACAAUAAUCUUUACUAUUUAAGAUCAAAGUCAUGUAUAGAUUCUAUAAAGCAAAAAAUUAAGAAUUAGCAUAACUUGCUGAAAAUGAAUAUAAACAUGUUAAAAAAAAUAAAAUGAUCUUAUAAAAAUUAAGAGAUGCCAAAAAAGAAGGAACUUUAAGUGAAGGUGAACUUAAUAAAAUUAAAGUAAUCUAUAUAUAUAUUCAUUCAUUAAAAAAUAGAAUACUAAAUUUACCGAUUAAGAAAUAGAAGAUUUUGAUGAAUGGGCCUAUGAUAAUCCCCUUGAAGCUGCAGAAGCAUAAAAAGAGGAAGAAUCAAAAAAUUGA